GUAUGCAAUACUGGCGUUAGUGUUGUGAAGAAAAGCGUAGCAAAUGAAACGGUACCAUUAUUUAUUGAGAAGUGCAAACUUCUUUGUGCAAGAUUUAUGUCAGCAUGAGUAAACGAGGAUUUCGAGGUGGGUUUGUUCGGAACCGUGGAGGAUAUCGUCAAGGCUUUCAGCAAAAACGACAGUUUGACAAGUUUGACUAUGACAGUGAUGAGGACAUGAGAAGAGAGUCACGGAUGCGGGUGAAACGUCAAUUCAGAAACCAGGGGGGAGGAGAUGCCUUCAUGGAUGAUAAUGAGUUUGGAGUGAGGUCCAGACGGGAUGAUCUUGACUGUGGGUUUGACCUGACACCCGUGUCUUCCUCAACUCCUGCCGCUUACCGCCGUCGUUCUGCCCUGCUGGAUUCACCAGACAGCCUGACCUUGGGCUCCACUGGGGUCAGCUCGGAACUACUGGGAGGCCGUGCGAGUACACGCUGGCUUGAAGAACAGCUGCGCGUGCGCGAGACACAGCUCGCCAUGACUAGCAGCCUACUUAAGGAGCAGACCCACCUGCUCUCACAGGUGGGGGGUGUGCUAAGCAGGAAUACAGCCCCCAUGAGAAGACAACCGGCGCCAAAUUUUAACACAUACUCAGAAAAGCGGCGCAGCGACAGAAUGGGCAAUUUAUCUCAGAAACGAAUUAGAACCAGUUCAUGGUCUGGUGGUGGCCGCAACUUUACGAGACAGCCCAGCCAUAAUCAAAGUGGAAAUCGAGGAUUGCGAGGAAAUGUGCACAGUCGAGGUGGUCUGAAACGGGGAGCUGGCAGUCAACAGAGUACCGCUUCAAGGAACGUUAAUGUGCAACAGAAUCGGAAAAACGCAGUACAGACUAAAGCUGCUGCUGGGAAAAGCCAGAACAGAAGACGAAGUAGUACUGCCAAGAAAAAUAAGCCACAAUAUUUACAACCAGAAGACAUUCCGGAGCAUGAUAGCAGCAAACCAGUGGGAGAGAAGUACAUUGUGAAUGUCCAGGGAUAUUACUGCAAGUUGUGCAACAAGUUUUAUCAGAAUGAACAUUCUGCCAAAGUGAUGCAUACUAGCCAAGAGGCACAUUAUGAGAAGUGGAAGGCAGCAAUAUUGCAAAGCAUCAAGGAUCGUAACAGAAAUGCCAUUGGAACAAAAGCUUCUGAAGACAAGACCGAGACAAAAGAAGCAGAUACUUCUAAAACAUCUGUGGAAGACACGAAUGGGGCAAAAGAGGGAGAAUCUCUUGAAACAUCAGAAAAGUCUCUAGAAGACAUGAAUGGAGCAAAAGAGGAAGAGUCCAUGGAAGAGAAAACCUCGGCAGAACCCGGGGAAGAUGAGAUGGAAGAUGAGAUGGAAGAAGAAAUGGUAACUGUGGACGCAGUCGAGAUUUCAGCUGAUAAUCUCGAUGACACAUAGUCUUAAAAGAGUAAUAACAGGCAGAUAUGUUGGAAGUUAUUGUAAACUGUGAAAUGCUCUCAGUUAAAGACAGUUCAUAGGAAUAGUAAUUAUAUUUUGUGUUACCAUUAUUGUUGUUCGAUUGUAAAUCAGAGGCAGGUCGGUAAAAAUACAGACGUAACAAAAUAUUUUUGGUUUAUGCGACUUUUAUCAAUUAUGACUGUUCAUCAAGGACUGAUGACGUUUGCAUCUUAACACAACCCAGAAUCUUUUUCUGUAUACGAUCUUUGGUAACAGACUGCAGAAAUUAUGGGACUUUUAAAAUUUGUACGAAUAUAAUUUUCAUCCUUAAUUUACUAUGUAUUAUGUUUUUAUGUUUCAACUUCCCUCAUUACCAUUGUUUGUAUUAUGUUUUAAUGUUGAGCAUUGUUUGUAUUAUGUUUUAAUGUUGAGCAUUGUUUGGGAAUAGUUCAAUGUCUGACAAUAACUGCCAGUUAAUAAAUAUCAGUGGAAUGUUC